UUCUAUGAGUGUUAUCGCAGAGACAAAAUAAAUUCAUAUCAUUGAGAAUACCAAAUAAUAAAUAAUUAUAGUAAUAUUAUUUUCGUCAACUAUUAUCUCCAUAUAAUUCCAUACUAAAAUACAAGAAUAAUAAGACGUGGACGAAUGCUGUGGUAGAGCUCCAGAAGCAGACCAUGCCCCACCUGUGACACUCUUCUUCGUUCGCGGUAGGAAGACCAUUAGUUAUAUUUGUGUGAAAUGGGAUCUGAACAGAGCUCGCAAUCCAACGCCUCCGAGUCGGGCUCGAAAAACUCGAAGCUAAAACGAGGUAAAUCGGUGCCCGAGAGCUCAUGGCCAUGUAACUCUCAGGAUAGCCAGCAUAGUAGGGCAGCAAGCGCGAAUACAUCACCAGGCCAUAGUGUGUGCAGCGAUGUCGAUUUGCCAUACAUUUCUUACACUGUCAACAGGCCAAUUGGAGAUUCGCCUAAGAAACCCAGCAUCAUAAGUAGAGGACGAUCAGUACAGGUGGAAUCUCAGCGGUCCGCAAAAAAGACUUCUAAGACCACGCCUAAACACAACAUUGUUGUUGUCAGGGCACCUGUGCAAGAAAAUCCUAAUAUGGACGAAGACUUGUUUAGAUUGAAGCAAGUACCAUCAUUUUUACCUAUAAUGAGAGGUACUGUGUCUUUGCCAGCAGCUAGAGAUCGAGAAGCAUUAGAGCGAAUUGAUUCUAAUGCAUUAUAUAGACUAUGUCAACUGUAUCAAGCAUAUAUGAGUCGUUGUGCCACAGCAGUGACUUCAGAUCAAAUUUUAAUAAAUAAACAAAUUGUAGAGCUUGAUGAAGAAACUACAAGAAUAUUAAAUGUAUAUGUGACUUCAUAUAAACAUUUUGCCAAAGUCAAUGAGCAAUUCAAGUGCAUUAAUGACAUGAAUAAACAAUUGAAUGCAUGUCAUUUAUUGUUGAAUAAAACAUUAGACUAUGUUCAGUUAUUGAAUAACAAACUACCCCCAGGUGAACGAUUGGAACCAUUUGUGUGGACCACGGGUUAAAUCACAACUGACAUAACCUUUACCUAGUCUGAUCAUUACAUAUUUUAUAUUAUUUUGUUAUUUAGUUAUAACUGCUAUUGAUGUUGAA